AUGUUGCAAAACUGGUUUAUUCUGUUGCUUGCAGUGACUUCUGUGCUGUGCUUCCCAAAUUGGUUUGAAACGAAGAAAUUCAAGGUGGGGAUUGAAUAUGAAAAUUCCCUACCAAUGAAAGGAGGUUCAGACAGGUAUCGGCACAGGAACAACUAUGACCCUUUCUUCGUCACCGUUCAUGCUGAAUCCAAGAAAGGCUUCGUGAUCACAUACCUGCAAGUGACAGCAACAGUUGACUUCGGAGGGCAAGUAGACUUCAAAGUGAUCCAAGGUCAAACUGGAUCCAGAACCAUGAUCUUCCAGCUGGUCUCCAACCAUACAGAUUUCCUCUCAUACUCAUAUCUGACUUACGGGAUUCGAGAAGACGAGUAUAAAAAGAUGGCGAACAUCAUCACGCUUCCACGACCGACGAAUAAAGGGACAAUGCUACAAACUACUGGAUUUAGUAUAGUUACAUUAUUAUCUUUAAUUAUGUGUUUGUUAUAA